AUGGAUGGAACUGUUUCUAAACGUAUCAGCAUGAGGAAGACUACUUGGAAUGAAGUAGAAUCUGUAAUAGACGUUCUAGCAAAUAUUCUCUCAAGGCUUCCUGUUAAGUGUCUCUUACACUACAAGACUGUUUCUAAACUUUGGUAUACAGUGAUAAAGAGUUCUAGUUUCAAGAAAUUGCAGCUAAGCCAAUCGAGGGAGAAUCCUGUUUAUAUGAUUUACCCUUUUAUGGAUGUCUUGAUAAAUCUGUACUUGAUUGAUGCCCAUGGGAAAGUCAUUGAAAAAGUCUCUCUUCCAGGCUGUGAGAAUCUUUCUUCUCUUUGCGUGAUUUGUUCCUAUAAUGGUUUGGUAUGUUUCAGCAGUUAUCCAUGGCUUCCAUAUUCCAUGGCUGAAGUCGUCAUGACAGAGUUGGAAAUCCGUAUGUGCAAUCCUGCUACUCGUGAAGUCUGGUUACUUCCGAAAGGCAGCCUAUCUGGGGAGGAAUUAGCCACUGGAGUGGCCUUUGGCCCAACCAGCGAGUAUAAAAUAUAUCGUUUUUUCUGUCCCAAAUCUGAGUCCGAGGAUGUCAAUCCCAAGUGCGAGAUAUAUUCGUCAAGUACCAGAACCUGGAACGGAAUAGGUUGUGUUGAACACUGUCCCAUGGGUGCUUACCAUUUAUAUGUUGAUGGAAAAGUUUACUGGUUUGUUGCUUCAGAUGCCGACAAUGAAAUUCUGGGGGCAAUCCUUUCGGUCGAUAUGGAGGAUAGCUUUGGAAUUGUCCCCCUUCCAGAGGAAGUCAGUGAGAGAUCAUUUUUGGUUGAUUUUGAAGGCUGCUUAGCAUUAGUUGCUGUUUAUGAGUACGAUUCACUGGUGAAUAUAUGGGUUCUGAACAACGAUGAAAGCAUUGAUUGGGAACUGGAAUACAGUCAUGAUAUUCCCUUUGCAAGCAUGGUAUCCAUCGAAUCUGUGGCUGUAAGGAGCGAACUAAUGGCGUGGUGGGAACUUCGCUUUGAGGAUGAGUUUGAAAGAAUUUCUCCGGUUGUUUUCACCUAUGCAGAAAGCCUCCUCCCAUGUAAUGGAAAUUUGGGUUCUGAAGAAGAGGCAAAAUGA